ACGCUGCGAGCUUUGUCGAUCGACCGUCCGCGGUUAGGCUCGUCACGUUCUGUCGCUCGAACUUCUCCAACCCCAACAAACGAAAGACAGACCCUUUGGAGGCAAAGUUCCAUCGAGGGGGGAUCGUGGAACCAGUGUGUGUCGCGUGUUUCCUGGAUCCUAUCCACCUGACAGACUCCGAAGCAACCCCUAAAACUGACCAGGACCUUGUUACACUAUCCAACACCACGUUAGCCUAAGAAGCACAUCUCUUGGAGGCAAAGUAUCGUCGAUAGGGGAUUGAAACCAGUGUGUGUCGCAUGUUUCGCGUGUUUCCUGGGUCCCGUCCACCUGGCAGACCGUAGGACAGCCUCUAAACACUGAUCAGGACCUGGCCAGGUCAUCCAGGACGAGUGCAAUAACCCUCAUUGUCGGCUUAGCCUGAGAGGUACACCUUUUGGAGGCAAAGGUUCGUCGAUCGGGGAUUGGAAUCAGUGUGUGUCGCAUGGUUCAUGUGUUUCCUGGGUCCCGUCCACCUGGCAGACCCUAGGAUAUCCUCCGAACUCUGAUCAGGACCUGUCCAUGCUGUUCAGGACGCGUGGAGCAGCGGAGGAACAGGUGUUUCCAUCGAAAGGCAGACGUCGGGGAACCAUGGAGCUAUUCAGGGAGUGACUCCAGUGUCGUCGGUGUGUUUUUGGCGGGAAAAGUGCUGGAAGGGUGAAAUGAGACGUCCAGUGUCCUCGGUGGUAGCCGUCGAUACGUGUCGCGACGCGCUGACUCGGGGUUCGUGAGCAGUGGUAGUUUGUGAGAGGCAGUUGCUAGCCAGAGAAAACGAGUGUCCCGUGAAAAGUGUGUGGGAAAACUACGUUUUUUCUUGGGAUUCGAGGCUAGGAUUUGCAGGGUGUUCGCGAAGGCCACAUGUGUUUCAACCAUCCAACAAGAGAAGCCAAGGUCACCGUCGAGACUACCAGGCUGAGCACGUAGAGGAGGACCGUCCAGGAGUCUCUCGAGCCGUCCGGGAUCGUCCCUGAAACGGGCAGAGCGUCUCUGUCGCGUCCCGUUAUCGGAGAUUACGCUGGCAAUCGUCCCGGGGUGCGGGAAACUUGGCAAGAGGCAACGCCCUUUCCGCGACGAAGAUGAAGGCCAACCUGGUACGUCGGCUCGUCGGCACGUCCGUGACCUAAGGCCGCCCGUCGUGUCUCUUCCGGCCGAAGAAGAGGAACAAGGCCAAGGGAAACACGGUACAAACGGAGACUGAGCAUGACGACGAUCGCUACGACCUCCGAGCCGACGGAGGUGUCGCCGGUGGACGUGACGACCCUGCUGAACGCCAUAUCGACCGAGGAGGGUCAGUUCGCCAACAGCACCUACCCGAACGAGCCUAAGUGGUCCGUGCCGGCCACAAUCGCGAAAGGCUGCCUCCUCGGUUCCAUAAUCCUGACCGCCGUGUUCGGUAACCUCCUGGUGAUGGUGUCCGUGAUGCGGCACAGGAAGCUGCGCAUCAUCACAAACUACUUCGUGGUCUCGUUGGCCCUGGCCGACAUGCUGGUGGCGAUGUUCGCGAUGACGUUCAACGCGAGCGUACAGAUAACCGGGAGGUGGCUGUUCGGUUACUUCAUGUGCGACGUGUGGAACUCGCUGGACGUUUAUUUCAGCACCAGCUCCAUCCUCCACCUGAUGUGCAUCUCGGUGGACAGGUACUGGGCGAUCGUCAAGCCCCUAAAGUAUCCAAUCAUCAUGACGAAACGUAUCGCCGCGUACAUGCUGCUCGCCUGUUGGGUGAUGCCGGCCUUCAUCUCGUUCGUGCCCAUAUUCAUGGGCUGGUACACCACCGCCGAGAACAGCAUGCACAGGCGCAAGCAUCCCGAGCUCUGCGAGUUCAAGGUGAACAAGAUCUACGUGAUAUUCUCGUCGAGCAUCUCGUUCUGGAUACCCUGCACGAUCAUGACGCUCACGUACUUCGCGGUGUUCAAGGAGGCCAACAGGCAGGAGAAGCAGAUGCACAGCAGAAUGGGUAACGUGAUGUUGCUUAGCCACAGGCCCAGCAAGGAUCUGAACAAUCUGAACGGUGAGCUGAACAGUGCCGGGUCGUCCAAGACAUUAACGUUGAACGAGAUCAGCACCGAUCAUCUGCACACGCCCACCAAGGACAAGAACAUCAUGAAGAUGAAGAGGGAGCACAAAGCUGCCAGGACGUUGGGCAUCAUCAUGGGUACCUUCAUACUGUGCUGGUUGCCGUUCUUCUUGUGGUACGUCAUCACGACUCUGUGCGGCGACAGCUGCCCGUGCCCCGAUAUCGUGAUAGCGCUCCUUUUCUGGAUCGGAUACACGAACUCGGCGCUGAACCCGCUGAUCUACGCGUACUUCAACCGCGACUUCCGAGAAGCCUUUAAGAAUACGCUGCAGUGUGCUUUCUGCUCGCUCUGCAGACGAGAGCCGUCCGACCUCGAGGCGCUCGAUUUCCGUCGGCCGUCCCUAAGGUACGACGACCGCACUAAGAGUAUAUACUCGGAGACGUACGUCAAGCACAUCGACCGACGAAGAUCGAGCGAGUUUGGUAGCAGUCUCUGAGAAGACAACAACUUUAUACGUUAACUGCAAUCGCAACAAGAUACGAAUAAUACGUACACACCCACCUAUACAUCCGUAUCAUCAUCCACACACGCAAUAAACCGACGUUAACGCGUCGGACGAAUACGUACGCGUAGCUCGCAUCGAGAGAUUCUUCGUCAUAUUGCCAAAAAAAAAAACAACAAAAAACAGAAGAAGCAAAAAUCCGAAUCUCAACGAGUAUUCGCAUUUUGAACAUUCUGAAUGGCCUCGUGUAUUUUCGGUUUCAGCGGCUGCCGUCCCGAAGCUUCAAACUAAGCCUUCAAGUCCCGAUCACGCGUGAGAAUAUCGACGACCGACGGAAUAUCGAGAAAUAGAUUUUCCGAGACGGUGUUGUACAUUGUGCAUCAUCGGUAGGGACCAUCGAAAAUAUAUUAUUUAAUAUCACGCCGGUCGGGAAUCGAAAGUACGAAUCAGGCUUAACCAUCCACCAUUUUGAACUCCAGAAGUCGUCCGAUUGGCUUCAUUUUCAUUCCAAAUUGUAGAUAUCAACAAAAAUAACAAAAAAGUCUUAUAUAUUUUUGGCGUAGUAUGGAUAGUUUAGCCAAAAUAUUAAGUUUCUUGCCGCGAAGUGCCUUUGUCAAGCACGUACCCAUUCAAGGGAGCACUUCGGGACAAGAAAUUUAAUAUUCUGAGCGAACUAUCCAUCCUGGAACAAAAAUAUACAAGACUUUUCCUUUCGUUUUUUCGAGAUCUACAAUUUGGAUCGAAGAUAAAACAAAUCCAUCUUCAAAUUUUAACGUUUAACGCCGUUUUGCGUAAAACUGGCUGAUUCUAAACUCUAGAAUCUGUUUCGAAUCUUCCUUUUAAAACCAGUCCCACUUCACUUUCGAGGCUCCCUAAAGUUUGACAAAAUGUCGAGAUCUCAGAAGACUGCUGGAGAAAUCGAAACUGCAGGGGGCCAGGGAGCACAAGGGCACGCGAGAAUCGUGUGACGUCGCCAAACCGUCACCAAAGAUGCACACUCGGGGCAGGUACACACGCAUACAACGCAUAGAUCACGUCACAUUGCCAAAGAUAGUAUUUUUAAGAGAAGCUUCCGUGACAAGAGAGAGAGAGCGAGAAAGAGAAAGAGAAAGAGAAAGAGAAAAAGAGAGGACGCGUUCCACGCCGGGAUCGACCGAUCUACGGAGAGACGAGGAAGAAGGACAACGCGCGCCAUGUCGUCGACCAGGUCAGAUCAACCAAGUCAGACCAAGUCGUCGGUAUUCUUCGUCGUCCUUUCGACGCUUCGAUAAAUGUCCGAUUGGGUGGCCAAGUUCAUUAGCUCGACGUUCCCCCCUCCCCCCUGCUCGACGUUGCUUCCGCUUCCAUUUUCCAGCGCGAGCAAAAUUGGCAGUUCCAGCGUUGGGCUCUGAGCUGAAUCCCAGAGGCGAGCGCAGAGCCACACGGCGGCCAUUUUUUUAUGGCCAGAUGUCGCUCCGGUAGCUGCCAUUGCCCCCCAAGUUGGGCCACGGUCCUUGACCGACAGUCUGUCAGCGCCGUACUCGAGAAAGAUGGCGCGUAGAAUUGUUGAUAUCGUUGUUGCUGUUUAAUUAAACAUUAUUUAUUGCCGGCGAGAACAUCCCGAACGCGUUAGCAUAUUUCGUUUCAAUGCUGCUGGUCUCAGCGGAGCCCGAACACUUCCAAUUCGAGACACGCUACGUACGAAACCAAAGAGGUCGUUAUUGUUAUCCAGUUGUUGUUUAAUCAUUAUUAUUUAUUAUCACCAGGUUAUUUAUUCUACGGUUAAGCUUUGGAGAGAGAUUCGAGUAUUGUUGGUCGUUGGAGGUCGGAGUUUUGUUAAGUUUGAACGGACCGCGUUUUGGAUCGAGAGCACCGCAUGACUACGAGACACGAGCGUCGGUCGUGUUUCGCGAAACGUUUUACAGCGUCUGUUGUUCCUUCCUUUUUUUUUUUUCUCAAAGAGUAUAUAUUCAUUACUUGAAAGGGUUUGAACGGAUAUAGUACGUUGUCAAGUUUGCUCUCUAAUCGUUUGUUUAAUCGUAUUCAGCGCCCCUUCGAGCUAGGAUCGGAAUCGAGUGGAUGCGAUAACUUCGAUUUUCGAAGAAACCAUGUCCUCCAAAUCAUCCUUUCUUUUCAGAGAGGGCGACAGAACCUAACCUCGGGACUCAACAUUUCCAACGAGUUGUGAAUAUUUUUAAACGAUUUAUUUUGCUCAUUUACAUACUUAUUGUUAGGACACUAUCUUGUAAGCAACCAGGUGAAAUAACGUUUUCGAAACACCUCAACGUGCCGGACAAAUAUUAACGUAAUGGAUCAACGAUAGGUUGAUGAAUGGAAGAAUUGUGAUCCAUCUUCUAAUUUCCAGCGAACACGAAUUUCCUUUUGUUUUUUCCCCCCCCUCUGGGAGUAUUGAUUCGCGGUUUCAGGAAGCUCUGUACUCCAGGCUGAGCUCUAGUCGUGCACAAAAAUCAAUAACAGUGGAAUCUCUUUAAUCACAUCUUGCUGUAUUAUUUAUCUCGCACACUAAAAAAUCAGUAUUACUAUAUUUACUGAACGUGUAAAGCUAUAUAUAUAUAUAUCGCUUAAAAUUCUAUAAAUUUAGUAAAAUACAUAAAUUGCAACUGUUCGUUUUACCAGGGUACCGAUAUUAAAGUUUUAUCCCACGUUAUCGAACAUAUUUGUCAUUUUUGGAGCUGGUGACAAUACAGUCUGUGCGUUGAACGCCCAAGGGGCGUUUGGAUCGCGUGUAUAAUGAUAGCAACCGUACUGUUCCCGCACACCACGCACUGCACGCGUGCAAUUUCAUCGCGUACAGUUCGAUUCGUCCGCGUUCGAUCGAGGUGUUUCGAAAAAUAGGAACAAAUUUCACAAAAGUCCAUUUGCUCACCGUCAUCGUCGCCUGGCAGGCAUUAAUCGACAGAAACGCCAUCGGUUGGCUGUUGCAAGAAAGAGCUUUUUACGGAAUAAAAUUUUUGCCAGCGCAAAGCAACAGUUGUCGGGUCGAAGUUGCCCGACCGUAUGAAAAAGACAAGCAAGAAAAAGCCGAUGUAACGACGCCGGUUCGUUAGCGGCUCGUUAGAUAAAGUUGAUUCGCCUGCCACGUUGUAAUUUAUUCGUCAAAUGUAUUGCGUACUUUAGCCGUUAAUUAAUUUUAAUCCGCCGUUCGAAAUGUGUUUCGUUUACGUUAUAUUCGAUUAAUGUCAACCGUGCCAAUCUUCGUACGUUUAGUUUGAUCGUUAGAAUUUUAUUUAUGACGUUGUUACGUUUUCUCUCAUUUUAUUUUUUAUUCCUGUGCGAUUCACCGUUUCUCUGUGAUAGGAGUCGUGUAUUAAAAAGAAAAAAAAAAAAGAAAAAUGGAAAAAAAGAUAUCACUUGUAUACGUGUAAAUAGUUUGUAAAUAAAUACAUCGCUCCACGUGGUGGUCAGUUGCAAUAACCGUUAGUUGAUUACGGCGUUUCUUCCGUGAACGACCUAUUAGCUCGUAAACAAAUUGUAGCCGUGCGUAUUAACAAUCAGAUGUACCGAGUGUAGAAUAAAUGGGCGACAGACGACAAUUGUGUGGAACGAGAAAAAUUGCGCACUACGAUUCCGCGGGUUCGGUCGCGUCAUUUUAUUAUCGAAACGUUGUCCUUUUUUUUAUCGCCAUACGCUCAUCACCGAUGAAACACGAACAUAUUUUAAAUGUAAGAUCAGUGUUUUUAUUUCUGUCAGUGAUUUUCAUACGAGUUUGAACAUUAUUUUUUACAACGGCUAGGCGUGUAUUUAUUCGUUUUCAUUGAAAGUAUGCGUAGCACGUAGAUCAGAAGAAUCGAGAACAAAAGAGUGCUAAAGAAUCGAAGGAGCAAGAAAAUUAAAAAGAAUUUUGUUACGAUCAAUUCUCGUCGAUACUUCGCAAGUAUCCUGUAUCGUUUGUAAUAAUUAUGAACACUGGAAAUAUUCGUCGUCGUACGUGCUUUCUAUUAUUUCGUUCGUUUCGUGCGUUCAAUCUACGAACUAAAUGUUUUCGCAUAGAUUUACGAUCGCGUGUGAAAUCGUAUUCCGAUUCGAGUUCUCAUGAGGAAAAUGUGUCGUUCGAAGUACAUUCCGGAAACCUUCGUUUCGUGUUCGUUUCAUUUUUUGUAUCGAAUUCGCAGAAAAAAAUAAAAUUUCAAUACACUUCGGUGACGAAAGUCGGUAACCUUAUUCUUCUUUUCAGUAAUAUUUCGAUGAGUCGUUAAGAUACAGAAGGUUCGCUGUAGGGAGGUUAUUCUUCGUAAAAAAGUGCUUCAAAAAUGUGGGGUAACAUUUUUUUGUGGGACGCUUGGUUAGCGAGAAAAUCGAGCUUGAAAGUUUUUGGGGCGCGACCAGAUUCGCGUGCUCCACGGAUCUUCGAGCUCAAUUUUCUCGAGAACGAAGUCUCGUACGAAAAUAUUGUACUAUAUAUUAUCGAUGCACUUUUUCACGAACAAUCGAUCACUGCCCACCGAUACUAUAAUUUGCGGAUCACCCUGCAGAUAUUUACAAGAUCCAUAUGAAAAGUACAAUACUGGACAUUUUAAAUCAACUUAAGAAUCAUACUUCUUGUAAACACUGAGAGAAACAAAUAUUCCUCUUGAAAAUACCUUAACAAAUUUCUGUUAAUGUUGAAAAUUAAUGAACGUAAUUAGAAGUGUCAUCAAUUCUGUGUUUGUUAGUUAUUAAUUGCUAUUGAAAAGUAGGGGACAGUAACUUCCGACGAAACAUAUAAAAAUAUUUAUAUUUUUGGAUAUUUUUAUAGAAUACGUCUUCCUUUAUCUUGUUCGAGUAUUGUAGAAUUGUUGUGUUUGGUGACGUUUUUUUAACGCGUAUCAACGAGACGGAUGACGAAUAAAAUAUUUGACGGAAUUUCGAUGUAUAUCGCGAUUUACACAAGUACGUCCGCGCUGGCUAAACGAUCAAGUUCACUGGCCGGGCUCGUAAAUGAACCCAUGGCGAGCCUUUUACGAGCUCUUUACGACUGCACAUUCAUACCGGUUGCUGCAUAAAAUAGCUCGCUGCAAGCAACACAGCAUUUCACACGAUCAUUAAUCGACUGUCGAAUAAAAAAAAAAAAAUUCACUCAGGGUGCUUGCUGAGAGCACCCUUCAAUCCUGAAUUAACGAGCGCCGGGUAUAUCGACAUUUCAGACAUUUUUCACCGUCGGAAAUAAAACCGGUUUCUGGAAGAAACUAAACGCUCGGGACUUUAUUUAUUCAUUAAUGGAAAUAUUAUACCACAUUUGAUCGAUGAGAACGUAUCGAGUACCAAAAAAAAAGUUUUAUAAAAAAUUUACAAGUUUCCGACUUUAAAAAAUGAUCCCACUAACACACUUCGAUUUGAAUUUCAUUUGAAAUUGGCGCGCGUAAUGUUCGCUAAGUUGAUUAUCGGGAAAAUCAAAGAUUACACGAGGAAAAUAGGCGUAGUACCAUAAACGUCGUGUGUAUCCGUAAAGAAUAUUUGUACUGACGUAAAGUAACAUGCUGGGCAGCACAAUCAAAUGAUAACAAGUUUGUAGAAACAGUAUUAUCGGUAGAAAACGUUCGAGUACCCGUACGUGUAUGCAAAGCUUAUUCAAAAUAUCUGUUGCUUUAAAUAAUUUCGCUGGUUAAAAUAUUUAUUGUUUCAAAUAGAUCGUUAUUUUCAAAUAACGUCGCGAAAAAUAAAAGACUGAAAUGUUAUUUUGAAUAGUCAUCUCCUAUUUUCGUUUCAAAUGAAAGGAUAAAAAUGAAAGGAAUUAUAUUUGUAAAUUUCGAAGAUUAUUAAACAAUAAAGACAGCGAAGAGCUAUUCUUAUGCUACAGCGUGGAGCUCAGACGUUUCAAUGUGGAAGAAACUUUGACUCCGCCCUUGGUAACGCCCUCUGCAAUUUAUUGGGCGGUGUACCUCGUGGACACGCAACGGGGGCGUGUCAUGUCGUCAUCAGAUGUCGCGCUACUGGCUGUAGCCCAACCCACGUGUGGAGUCGACCAGUAGCCCAGCCUCUCAGGACUAUGCGCUCGAGCUCCACACUGUACAUAAUAAGUUGCACUCGGUAGAGCGUUUUGGCGACAAAAUAUGAAACAUAAGGCGACUCAUUCCCUUCAUAUUUUCACCUGCAAACAGUUUCCCUUUCGAGAUAAGUUUAAUACUAAAUUACCAUACAAUUCAUUUAAAUUAUAACGGAAUUGAAUAAUUACUUGUUACUUUAACCUCCCAUUGCAUGAUCGGUCUGGUACAAUAAACAGAAUCCUUGCAAGGUUUGCCAAGGUAACAGGCACGUAUCGCUUACUUUUAGUAUUAAUUGAUAGACCCACGAAUAACCGAAAAAUAAUUUUAUAAUUUUGUAAGAAUAACAUUCGUGCGAUAGUGGGUCGAAGGAAACAUAUCCCCCCCGCGCGAAAAUGGUGGUUCGAUGAUCGUUGAUCGAGCAAAGGUCGAGCAAUAUUCAUCGUGAACGAGAAAAACAAAAACCGCGAGGGGUUGAUUUUGUUGAACGAAUCACGAUUGAACGGAUCGGUAAACGCGACAGGCCCCCAAUACGGAUAAUUGUCUUGGCUAAUUGAAGCCAUCAGGCUGAUGUAGACCGACGAGGCGGCAACAGGCUGGUGCGGGCGAAAUUCAAGACUCGAACGAGUAAAAAGUGUGCUUCAAUUCCUCGGAAACUUGACGCCGCUACGUUGCGUAAAGUGUGAAUUAAUAUCUUGAUAGGGUAAAUUGACGGAGGCGUGGAUUAAUUUCGAUGUCAUCGCUGCCGUCGUCGCGCAGCGUCGUCGAACAGUUUUUCUUUCCGGUUUCAAAGUCGAGCACACUUUAUUCGCGAACAACGAACAAAAAAAUGUUCGUUGGAAUCUGUUAAUUUGAUAUUUUUUUUUUUUAAACGACAUCCAAGCGGGCAAAAGUUAUAAUAAUUCGAGAACGAAUCUAAAACUGUUGUUUUCGUUGUUCGUGAAUAAAAUUUGCCCGACUAUGCUGGCAAACGAGGCGUGUAACUAGCCGCGCGAUGGCGCUGAUUGAAGGGGUUGCAGUGGAAAGAAGGUAACUCGAAGAAACUGAUUUUUUACCGAGUCGAAUUCAAUUUUACCGCUUGAAACGAUACAGUAUUAUCAUUAUUAAUGAUUACGCUAGUUAGAUAUAAUUGUUAUACAGAUAUUAACAUUUGAUAAAUAAAUAUUCUUUGAAAGUGAAGUUCAACGACCAAAGAUUUUGGCGAACGAAACGAGACGUUUUGCGAUUGGAUAAUUAAUUAUACGUUGAUUUUUCUUUGAAAAAUAAAUUUCUAUUAUUAGUUCCAUCGCUAAUAACAAAUUUAAUCAAAGAGAUUCUUGUCAACGGUUUGGUAGAAUAGAAUGAAAAUUUUUAAAAGACUGAUAACCUAGAAAUAUUGUUUUAUUCGUUUCUUAAACGAGUAGCUUUGAAUUACCAAUUGUAAAAUUGAUGAAAAAUUAUCGUGACUCAGUAAUGCCAGUUACCAUUUUCCUCUGCAAGAUCAUCAAUUCUCGAACCCUUUUUCUCGUACGCGUUGAGUCUCAGUGAUUCAGUAUGACGAGCAAGCAAUAAUACGAUAAUAUGUGUGAUAAAUAAAUAAGCUGUCUCGAGUCCUCGCGAAGUUAUUGUUCAUAAUCGUUUGUUUAUAAUGCUAAGAGCGAGAGGAACCAUAGACCACUACCAAACACGCAGACUUUUCAAAAUGUCGUCCGCGGGGGCAGUUCGACGAAGUGAUAUUCUCGAGCUGUUUUCGCGAUCGAAGACAUCUCAAAGACUAACGUACUUUUUAGCGUAGGUAUUUUAAAUGUGCCGCAAUAAUACAUUUCACGAGGAUGAGAAAUCACGAAACGAUACGGUGUUCGAAAGUUUGUAAACGAAAUGAGAACAUUUGAACGGAUGUAUUACACGUCGAGAAGAAUAAAACGUGAUCGAAAUCAAAUAUUUAUAUACUCUAAAUAAAUAACAAUCGAUGAAUUUGAUAAAUCAACAUCUAUUAAUAAUUAAAUUGAUCAAAAUUCAUUAGAAACGUAUAUUGUUUUCUUUUUAUUUAAUUUUUAGAACCAUAUACCGUGUACCAUUGAGAAUUAUUCUUUUCGAUGUGCGAUAUUGUUAACAAUGGCUGCAAAACACAGAAGUUCACGAACGGUCGAAAUCAACAAUGUAAAAAAGUUCCUCUGAAUCAAAAAAAAAAACACUAGAUGAUAAUGAGACGUUUUCCACUUUUACAAACAACAAAAAUGAAAAACACAAGAAUUCAGAAAUGUACAGUACUGAUUAAACGUGAUCAAAAUUGGAAAAUAUUGAUUUUCUUGAGAUACUCGAUCGGUUAUUCUAUAGAAAUAAUCAUUAAAAAUUGUAAAUGUAACUGAGAUCAUAUACAUUUUUCAAAAAUAAAAAUGUUUCCGUCCUCUACUUGCAAAACCCGUGUUUCCGACAAAAUCAACAUUUUUAAUGUUCAGGGAGAAAUUGUGAUCACUAGAACGAGUAUAUUUAGAUGUAAUUGGUAUGAAAAGCAAUUUGUUUUUAGUGAUAUUAAAAAGUAAAAUGGUGUAACAAACAAAAAAAACAAAGGUACUAUAGGUGUUUCCUUUCAGGACACAAGUCAAAAUUAUUUAAACAAAGAAUAGCUUUUUAUAUAUAAGUGAGUAAUAUUAAAUCCUCUUUUCAUCAUCCUUAAUCUCUUUAGGGAUAUACACAUGGUCAUUUAGUUAUUCAUUUAUUUAAAACAUUAUAAUAUGGAAAUAAAUAAAUGAUAAACAUUACAAUUCAACAUAAGUUUACGUUUCUUUUUAAAGAGUUAAUCUAUGCAUUGGAAAUACGUUAUAGGCAUCAUGGAAGACAUACUGCGCAUGCGCAUAUCGGUAGAAGAAAACCGUGGACGUGGACCCCGAUUCUGGGCGCGCAAUUCAAAUCGACGUUUCCUCAACAAAUCAAUUUUACGAAAAUAUGGACUCCAGGAUAAAAAAUAUAAUAUUCACAAUAACGUAGUAUACUUUUUUCAUGAAAUUGGAAAAGCAAAUCCAAUAUGAAUCUUUCCAAUGUUUCUAAUCUACUAAUUUCGUCAUCCUGCGAAUAGUGGAUGAUUAAACGACGGAAGUCUCUUUCGUUGGACCGGUAUAUUUAUUUAAGUACACUCGGUGUGACAAAGAAAUUCAAACAAGAACGCAAAGGCUGAUGAAAUGAUACGAUUCGGUUGUUAAAGUGAUACAGCGAGGUUUUCUUCGUCGAGGACAUCCGGGGCGAAGGAAAAAAUUCUUUAAAAGGGAGACCAUCGCCCUCGUAAAAAUGAAGCCGCGGUCUUAUUUAGCGCUGCGGAAGUACAAUACCUUUUUGUUCGUGAUAUUACCCGUUAAAAUCCUACGCGGACGAUUGUCCGCGCAAAAAGAAAACGUCCCCGUUCGAGGGAAAAGAAGAAACGUUGGAAAGUGAAAACUCGCGGACAAUGGGGGGAAUUGUUUGUUUCGAUGGUUCAGCAGAAUGUCUAGGAAAACGCCCUUUUGUCGUAGAAUUAAUGGACAGUUUAAAGCAGCCCACCUCCGUUCACGAUUGUACAUUAAUUUCAUCUGACACCAGUACGUUAAUGUAAAUUAUUGGACACAGAGAUUAGAGAAAAUUUUUCAUCUUUAAUGAUAUAAUUAUUAUGAUUAUAGUCUUUUUACGUUUCCUUUGGAACCAUCAAUGUAAGCAUAUUAACAAUCGAGGAAAUGCUAAUGUAUGACAGUAUUACCCGGCUAUAUGAAAUUUUUUUUACCCGGAUAAGUGAAACAAUUCCUACCCAAAUUUGAUCAUAACAAUCGAGGAAAUGCAGAUGUUAAUGCAUUACAGUAUUACCCGGCUAUAUGAAAUUUUUUUUACCCGGAUAAGUGAAACAAUUCCUACCCGGAUUUCAAAUUUUCCAUCCUAAUAUAUGAAAUGCUUUUUAACUGUACAUACGAAACAAUUUCUAUUCGGAUACGUGAACCUGACCCGGAUAUGUGAAAACAAGCAGACGCGAUUCUGUUUCUUAUAACCGGGUGAUACCGAAUUCUGCAUCUGCAGCGGAGAAUAAAAUGUGUCACGAAUUAUUAAAUGUCCUAAAGAGAUUCGGGAAGAGGAAAUAUGUUUUAUUUAGUAUCGAACAAGAAUAUUUAGCGUGGUUUGUUGGUGAAAAGUGAGAAAAAAAUUCUCGUAACGAAGCAAUUCGUUUCUCGAAGAUCGUGGCGUCUGUGUUUUGCAGUUUGAAAAUGGCGAACGGAAAAAGAAAAUCGACGAACCGUGCGUAAUGCAUACUAUAGACAAUCAAAAACGCGUCACGAGUUCAUCAGCGACGCGCGAAUCAUUAAUCGCGGAAUUUCGCCUGCAUCAUCGUUCGAUUUCGCGCCGCACGACAACGUGCUACGUCAAUGAUAACGAUAAUAACGAUAACUGUAAUUAUAACGGUAACAAUAAUAAUCGUAACGAUCGGUGCAUAUUACGCAAUAAACGAGGACUAAUCGAAGUUAAGGAAACAAAGAUAAUGAAUGUCUUGUAAAUAGUAAGUGUAUAAAUUGUCAUUGUAUAGCGGUCACGAAUAUUGUAG